CACCGAAUAAUCAAUGGAGUGUCAUGUCUGCCCCCGGUGCGCACGCUGCCAACUUCUAGCAAGAUCCUGAUUGAUAUCUGGAGGGGUUCUGCUCUAGAUAAAGGAGAAGGGGGGGGGAGAGGAGCAAACUGAGCAUGCUCAAGCCCUAGCCCUGGAGUGACCAACAUGGCACAGGUUGAUGAAGUGGCGAGUGCUAUGUCAGAGGUGACCCUGGCAGACACCAGUACGGUGCCAUGUGUUGAUACCAAUUCAGAAGAUGCCCAUAUUACCAUUGGCGCUACGGUCCCCACUGGGUUUGAGUUCACAGCUGCCGCAGAAGUGGAGGAGAAACUGGGCUGUCCGUGCAAAAUCAGCAAAGACCGAGGCAAGAUCUACUUUGAUAUCAAGAAGGAUGGCCUAGCCCAGGUCCAUCGCUUGAGGUCCGUGGACAAUUUGUUUGUGAUCGUGAAAGAGUUUACUGAUUUCCCGUUCAAGGAGACAAAGGAAGAUGCACUUAAAGAUCUUCAGGAUCUGGUUGCAAAAUUACCCUGGGAGAAAGCACUUAGCGCUUGGGAACUCAACAACAGUCUGAAAAAACGCAAGAAGCGCAAGAAAGCAGGGUACCCUGGGAAAGAGAGGAAGCAGCCAAUGGCAGUAACAGGAGCAGAGAUUUCUGGAGAGGAGGGUGGAGACAAAGAGCAGUCGGGGGGCUCAUUAGAAAAAGGUAGUUUGGAAGAUGAGGAGUCAGGAUUAUGUAAAGAUCAGGAUUCUCCUACUGUGAUCCAACACCCAAGAGAGGAGGACGCACCAGCGAAAUCCUCUGGGGAGAUGCAAGAGCCUCCCACAUCUCAGGCUUCAUCAGAAGCAGAAGCACAGGGUAGCCAACAUUCAGGCAAUGAUGCAGAUACUCCGCCUGAUUCCGACGGGAAGGAUAAUGGAACGGCUUCGGAUAACUGUAAUGUCUUGAAAUUCCGAGUCACCUGCAACCGAUCCGGAGACAAACACAGUUUCACUUCCAACGACGCAGCGAGAGACUUUGGAGGGGCGGUGCAAGAUCACUUCCAGUGGAAAGCUGACAUGACAAAGUUUGAUGUGGAGGUCUUGCUGAACAUCAGCUUUAAUGAGAUGGUGGUGGGAAUUGCGCUCACUGAGGAGAGUCUGCAUCGCAGGAACAUCACGCAUUUCGGUCCUACCACCCUGCGAUCCACCCUAGCAUACGGGAUGCUCAGACUCUGUGACUUGCAGCCAUCAGAUGUCAUUAUUGAUCCAAUGUGUGGGACAGGCUCCAUCCCAAUAGAGGGUGUGAAUGAAUGGCCGGGCUGUUUCUUCCUUGCUGGAGACAAUAACAAACAGGCAGUGAAUAGAACUGGGAGCAACAUCCAGUCAUUACUGAGAAAGCAUCAGAGCCCAGAAAGUGCUCAGCUGGGUCUCCCUAUAGAUGCAGUUCACUGGGAUAUUUCCAGCCUGCCAUUAAGAGAGGGAUCAGUGGAUGUCAUUGUCACCGACAUGCCGUUUGGAAAGAGAAUGGGUUCGAAGAAAAAGAACUGGGACCUGUACCCGGCCUGCCUGAGAGAGAUGAGUCGUGUGUGCAGAGCUGGGACGGGCAGAGCUGUGCUGCUAACACAUGACAGGAAGUGCUUCAUUAAGGCCUUGGCCAAAGCUGGACACCUAUGGAGAAAAAUGCACACAGUCUGGGUGAACAUAGGGGGGCUUCAUGCAGGAGUUUACCUUCUGAAACGUACCUCAAAUGACAGCACUAAAGAAAUGCAGGAGGGAAGCCAGACAGCUAAUCCUGCCCCUUGCCCCAAGGAGGAGUGACCAACUGGCCUGAAUUCCUCUCACUAACGGGCUCUAAUAUAUUUCUCAGGUGUUCAAACGGAUUUCUGCUAACUGGUUUUCUAACCUUUUCUGAGGCAACACUGGUGUCUGACAUUUUCUUUGGCUUAGCUCAGUCUCUAAAGCUGAGCUUAGAUUUUUUUUCUUAAAAGAGUAAAUACAACUUUGCAUUAUACUGGCAUUUCCAUCCAUAGCUGAUCAGGCAUUAGGACAGGGUUCCCUGACAUUGGGGCAUUGAUUAAUACUUGAAUCAUAUUUUUGCUUCUAUGUAUAACAGGGGUAUGUCAUAUAAGUUGCUUCAGUUUAGCCGUAUCUUUUUCUGACAACUUGAUGGCACUGUUCUAUUGGUGGAUAUGGAGAAUAAUUUAAGAAAAGCAAAGAGCAUUGCAAGGUACUUACAGAUAUAUGCGGAGAUGAAUUGGUCAGUGUGCUUUAAAAAGCCUGCUGAAGCCAUGUUAUAAUAAGGUUUGUUUUCCCUUUAAGGGUUUGGUAGAGAAGGUAAUUCUCUCUGUAUUUAUUGACAAUCUUAUUUUUUGUUGUUUAAAUAAAUGUAACCCGUUAUUUACAAA